AAAUACUAUAUUAAUAGGAUGAAAGUCAAACUUAAUACAUUGUUUUCAUAUAGGGUCAUAAUUAAAGGUUUUUCGGUAAAAAAUAAAAAAGUACUUCGGUGUCACUGCGUUUUUGUUGCGCAUGAUAGUAGUUGGACGCUGGUUGGACAGUGCGUCGGUACACGUGACCGGAAAUAUUCUGCUGUUAACAGUCAGCUGAUAAGGAAACAACAACGUCUACAGGAUGGCCUACCCUAAAACCCACAACCCGUUUGAAGAUGAUGACGAUGAGGCUGACUUUAGGCCUAAAAGAAGGGAGUUUGAUGACGAGUCCAGUGACAGUGAAUUGACUGAUGCAGAGAGGAGACAGAGGUACCUCCAGCAGGAAGUGAUGCAUACAGCUCAGUCUGCCGUGGACAGCAGUCACCGUUCCGUUAGCCUCAUCUAUGAAUCGGAGAAGAUGGGUGUGGAAACUGCUGAAGAGCUGAUGCGACAGGGGGAAGUUCUGAAGAGGGCCGACAAGAUGAUGGACAACAUGGAUCAGGACCUUAAGACCAGCCAGAAGCACAUCAACGGUAUACAAAGUGUGUGGGGCGGCCUUGUUAAUUACUUCAAGGGCAAGCCAGAGACAAAGCCACCACCACCUGAAGAACCAAAGGCCUACCUGGCCCACGACAGAUUGCAGAAUGCCCUGUCGAGCAGCAGAGAAACUGAAGAGAAGUACCAAGCCAGCCACCCUAAUCUGAGAAAGCUGGAAACAGGAGCAUUUGGAGCUUCUGCAUCAACAGGUGACAGCUCAUCAAGGCAGAAUGGAUACUCUCAGAACCAACACCUCAAACAGGCUCACCUGACCCUCGACAAUAAUUUAGAUGAGAUGUGCGGUGGCUUGAGUAGACUGAAGAGCCUCGGACUUGGGCUCCAGGCUGAGAUUAAUGACCAGGACGACUCCAUUGAUUCUCUGAUGAAUAAAGUGGACAAGAUGGAUCUAAAAAUCCAAAACACGAACCAACAGAUUAAAAACCUCAAAUAAAGCAAACAUUUUGAAUGAGUUUACAGAAACAAAAGAAGGCAACAUGUCAUCCUUUCACUUGGCUCUCCAUCCUCGCCUAUGUUCAGUACACUAAAGUGUGCUUUUAAUGCUGGUUUAAGACAUUUUAAUUUUGUUCUUGAAUGACUGAAUUGUCAUUUCUGAAUAUUCAGUUCAAUGUCAGAUUUGUCUAUGAAUUCCUUAUUUUCAGUUUUUUACCGACAUGAUGAUAUAGUCAAAUAUGUGAUUAGUUAACUUGUUUGCUUUUCCUUCCCCUGCUUUAUCAAGCUCCCGGGUGGUCAGAGUUGGAUUAGAUUUGAUAUAUCGCCAUUUGCCAAAGACUUAUAAUUGGCUACUUGUUUUCUUAUCAACAGAUGGUUUGACAAAUAAUGAUAGAUUUUUUGUAUAUUCAUUAUAUCUUAUACAUCAUAUGUCUAUAACUGGAAUGUUCUGUAUGUAAGGUUAAAAUGUCAGCGCUAACUUCCUGGAGUUACCUCCACCAAACACUUUGAACGGUCAGAUCACUUAUGCCUUAAGCACAAAAUGUACGUACAGUAUGUACUGACUUUUGGUUUGCCACAUGCCUUCGUCUCCAUUGUUACAGCUUACCGUCUGACACUUAGUUUGAUUAUUAGAAGAUUUAGUUUAAAUUUCUUUCAUGUUCUUCCCUGCUUCGCCUAGCUUGUUUAUUUUUGCUAAAUUGUAUUGAAUUCUACACAAUGUGAUUGAGUGAGUUUUGAACAGCGUAAACAAUAUGAAGCUGUGAAUAUAAAAACUCAAAACUAUAGGAAUUAAUAAUCACUAUGUAUGUUACCUUGGAUACAUGAUUUAUAAAGUACACUAAUCAAUUAUUUCACAAGGUAAUUCUGUUAAAACGAAAUGACCAUUUGUGGUCAAAAUGUUUGAACUUUUCAUUUAAUAUCAUGUAUUCAAACUAAAACCAUAUACCCAAUAAAACAUUUCUAAGCACAUUAA